UUCUACAGUCUGUGUUUACAUAUCGGUCGACAAACCCGCCUGCCGGUGCGUGCCCACAGACCAAACAUGUGAAAGAUAAUACAGUAGGAAGUAAUGGCUGGUAAUUUGCAAGAUUUGCUUUGCACCCUACAUUCCUGCGUCGGUGGAGAAGAAGAAGAUGCACGAGGAGGGAGGAAAACAUUCGAACUGGUCAGGGAUAUAGCAAACCUGUGUCUGAAGGAAACGUCGGACAGAGAGACAGAUUACUGCUCGUCACUUUUGUUCAACAAGGAUACAGGCCUAGUUUCAUUUGCGAAGAAAGUUGUGAAGCAGGCUGAGUAUGACAGUACAAAGACAGCAAUUCUUGAAACCCUGUGUUUGUUUAUGGAGAGAGCUGAGAAAAAGGUUCUGCCAUAUGCUGUAGACAUCAAGGAUGUAUGCAUAACCCUCUUUAUUCGUGAGGAAAAAGCUGCAGUCAAGAAAGUUGUCAUUCCUGUAUUGAUCAAAUUGCUAGAACUGACAGAGGGCUCCCAAAUGAGUGAAGAAUUGAAUAUGAGGGAAAUGAUAGAGCUUUUCUUUAUGGAAUUGUCCAGAAAAACAAAACACCAGGCAUCAGUGAAACGUGAACUGUAUAAAUUGCUUGGGAUAUUUGCUGAAGUCUACCCUGAAGGCAUGGUGAAUUAUGCCGAGCGGCUUACUGAUCUCUGUGUCCGGACUUUACAGGCAGAGAUGAACAAAAAGACAGGCAAGCCUGAGAUCCCAGUGAUGACAGGUUGCUUGGAGGCAUUGUCUAGCAUUUUGACCAAUUUCACACAGUCUGCAGAAGAAGGAAAACAUUCCUAUGAUAUCUUUAAAUGUACUCGUAUGGCUCUCAAUCUGGAAGAAACAGCUAGAUAUGAUUUGACGAGGGCAGCCCUCACUCUUCUAAAGAGGCAUGCAUCUCAGUUCAGCCAGUUUAUUUAUGAAAAUCAUGAGAGGCUGUAUUCUGUUCUGCUAGCUUGGAGCCAACACAACAACAAAGAUGUAUCUUCCCUGGGUAUGGAGGCUUUGGAGGCAUUCUUUAAACAGAUGGCUGAGAUGCUUGCAACCAAAGCAGAGGAAGGACAUCCAGAUAGAGCUGCAUUUGCAUUUUUCAUCCGUCAGUUUAGGGAAACACUGGACAACCCCCAUGCUAAGCAAAAUGAGAUUGCCUCAGCUGUCAAAGGAUAUGGAGCAUUUGCAGCACCCUGUAAGUUUCACAUGACAGCAGAAGAUGUGAAGUACAUGUUCAAUGAGAUGAUGCAGAGAAGUGAGCAAAUAUUUUUCAGCAAAAAUGAAUUGAAAGUGGACAAUGUGUACAAUCUUCCCAGUUUCAUAGAGUCCUUGGCCAGAAUUGUUGAACAAAUGGAGGAGGUUUCGGAUACUUUCCUUGUUUCUUUGGAGAAACUGGUUGUAUGUCUGACAGAACAUUUUCCUAGUUUAUACAAAAAGAGGAAACUUGAUGCUGUCCAGUCCAUUCUUGGAAUCUUCCAUGCACUCAUUUCUAAAGGACCAACUCUGAGAAUAUUUCUUGGAAGAGUAGUUUAUCAAGGCUUAAUUAGGACAUGUUCGCACCCAGUGGCCACAGAUUUGGGUGAAUUAGAGGCAGAAGUGGACAUGGAGAUGCAGAUGGAAUCAGAAAAAAAGAUAACCUACAAGGACCAUCUUGAUUUUUGGAAUAUGCUGUUAGGGAGUUCACAUUUAAAAGUUCACUCAAAACUUACCCCUGAGGAGAAAUCUGCCUUGACUCAAGCAAUCUAUGAUGAACUGGUCAGAUCUACAUUGAAGAUUCUAAGCAAAUUGGAUUUGACUUCAGUCAGGGGGAGUGAGGAUACAGACCAGGGUGACAGUGCUGGCACUGCUGAUAAAGGUCGUCCAGUAACACCAUUUUUAGCUUCUUCUGACCCUGUAUCUGGCCUUCAGGCUUCAAAACCCAAAGAUUUUCAAGUCUUUAUCAAUCUAGUUGAUUUUAGCAGAGACCUCCACACAGACCAGUACUGUGCCUUGUUUAAAAGAUGGGUUUUCACUUUUGGACAUCAACUCAUUGUGAUGUCAACGAAGUAUCCUCUCGUCAGUGGCUUCUACAAGUUGCUGGCUAUUUGUAUGCAUGCUACUCGAAAAACGGCAUACUUUAAGGACAUCAGCCUGAGCAGGGAUCAAGAUGGAGGAGAGAACUCUAUGAUUGUAGAAGAAAAAAUAGGGACUGAUAGAGAGACAGCUUUUUUGCUUUUUUCAAAAUUUACUAAAGAGGUUCUAGUGAGAAUAAAGCAGUACAAGGAUGACCUGCUGGCCUCCUGUUUGUCUUUCAUUCUGGCCCUGCCUCCAGAGCUGGUAAUAGCAGAUCUUCCCACCAUUGUACCAGCACUGAAGAUCACCUUCAAGCUGGGGCUCAGUUACCAGCCUCUUGCUGUAGAAGGGAUGGAGGCCAUUGAGUUCUGGAGGGACAGCAUCCCUAACCACCUGUUGCAGCCACAUUACCAGGACAUCCUGCCCUGUCUGGAUGACUUUCUCAAGUUACAGUCUGAACAAGCUGGAAAUGAAACGAAUUCCCCCUCAACACUAAUCAUGGAACCAAAGGGCCAUAGCUAUAGCAGAAAGAAAGGCUUGCCUAUAAAGUUAUUGAAGCCAGCAGUUGCAAAGGAAGAAAGUUCCCAGUUAGAAUUGCUGAAGCAGAGAAUAGUGAAGUUUCUAGGGAACUUAGGUGGUGCCACCAAUGCUGCCAUGGUUCAGUGUACAUCUGAGGACAUUGCCAAAAUAGCUGUAGCCUGGGACCAAGAGAAACACCUCAAAUUUGAUAUGCCAUUCAUGGAUGUAAAAGCAGCAUUGUACCUAGAUCCCUUUUUGCCACGGGUGGUUGAGCUGGCCACUCUGUCCAGUGACCGCCAGACCAAAGUAGCCGCCUGUGAGCUGUUCCACUCGAUGGUGUUGUACAUGCUUGGUCGCAGUGUCCAGCAACCAGAGGGUCAGCAAGGCCGUCAUCCUCUAGAUGGACUGUAUAGGAAUGUCUUUCCUGCUAUGCUGCAACUAGCUUGUGAUGUGGAACUGGUUGCUAGGCAGCUGUUUGAACCACUCACCAUGCAACUCAUUCACUGGUUUACAAGAAGCAAAGUCUUUGAAAAUCCAGAAACAGCAGCUUUGCUUAAUGCUGUCAUGGAGGGGCUUAUUGAUCCCAGCAAUGCAUCUCUGAGAGAUUUCUGUGCCAGAUGUAUUGAAGAAUUCCUCAAAUGGGCAUUGAAACAAACAUCACCUGCUCAACUGCGUAAAAACCCUCACAUUCCUAAGUCUAUCUUCAAGCGUAUCUACAGUUUUGCUCUGCACCCUAGUCCAUUCAGGAGACUUGGGGCAGCAUUGGCCUUCAACCACAUCUACAGAGUGUUCAGAGAAGAUGAGGUGCUUCUUGACAUCUUCACCUUUGAAAUCCUAGAGACUUUCAUUGAGAGUUUGGCCAUGGCACACCAUGACGACAAGUCUUUAGGAACACAAGAACAGGGUGUCCAAGUGUUGAACCACCUUGAAAGAAUCAUAGUGAACAAAGCAGCUCUACUCUGCAAAGACAGUAAAAUCAGGAGAAAACCCAAAACCUGGAACAAAGCUACUUUAGAUAUUUGUGUGCGCUGGUUGCUGAGGCAAUGUGGACGACCACAAACAGAAUGCAGGCACUCUUCUAUGAUGCUGGUGUACAAGCUGGCUCCCUGUGUCCCAGAAUUUCAGAGCGUCCAAGGUUUUUUCCAAAAGUUUUUGAAAAUGGAAAGUGGUGGACCCCAGUACUUUAUGGAGAGGUUUGAAGCUUACAGAUUAGGAGGGACCAGGUUUACCCUGAAGAUGUGCCAUACACUGGGAGAUAUAGGGGAGCAGUUUACAGUGAAGAAUGCAGUUCUCUGGUAUGACAUGGUGCUGGCUGCCCUGGAAUGCUACAAAUGGACCUUUGAUACUAACCUACUGAGACCAGAAGAUGUUUUCACAGGUGGGCAUUCGUCCUGUAUUUACCUUGUGCUAAGUCAUUUCCUCUCCAGUCUGGCCUUGAAGGACAUAGAGGCGGCUGCAGACUUGUUUACCAAAGGAUUGGACAGAAAAAUUUUUACACCAUGGGAAGUAGAGGAGUACAAUAGGUCUAAAUGUACAGUGAUAGUCCAUUUGUUGGAUUUCCUGUGUAGCACCAUCUCAAAAUCUGGGAGUCAUUUGGAACAGGUGGUUCCCAGUAACAUAUGGUGCCCAGACCUUUGGAUAUUGAUCUGUGACUGUGUAUUGAAUCCAAGUGCUCUGGGGUUCAACAUGGGGGAUGUGGAGGUGAUGAUGAAAUUGCCAGAACAGAUGGAACAGGUUCUGAGAAUAUUCAGCCGCUACCUUCCUCCCAAGGCAUUAGACAUGUUUAGGAGGACUUUGAAGUCUAAAUUAGACUCGGGCUCUUACAACCUUCUGAAGAAAUUGCCACACAUACUGUCUGGUCCAAGUGAAGACCACAUGACAGAUAGCCACCUGGUGGCAGGAUAUCAGCUGUUGCACAAGACAGAUUUUCUUCUGCCAGCUCUUAAAGAUGGAGGACAUUCAGCAGAAAAUGUUUCAAACAAUUUAUUACAGACUUUGUUUCAGGCAGUUUCAGAAGAGGAUCAGUUCAGGUUGCUGGAAUGUAGCCCUUCCACACUGGAGCUGUCCAGGAAGCUGUUGGAGCUUGCUUGUAGCAUGACAGAUAAGCCAGCCCAGAUUCUUGGUGCCAUAUUGAGCAAGACCAAAACCAAAAAUCAAAACAGUUCACAGAAUUUCUAUGCAAUGUUUCAAAGUACCAUUAAUUUGUAUCUGAUGAAAGAAGCCAAAUAUUUCAUCCCAGAGUUGGUAAACUAUGCAUCCAAAGAGUCCAGUGUUGUGUCCAGUGUCCUGUCCAGUUUGUUGGAACAAAUUAGCAGGGACAGGCAGCUUAGAGGGGGAGAAGGCAAGACUGUGGUGGAUGUGGUACUGUCUUGCUGGUCACAGUUACAGUUACAGCAAUGGUGGGCCCCUGACAGUCCACAGGAAGUCAAAAUGUCUGCACUGAACUUGCUGAGAAAGAUGCUUCUAAUCAAUGGCAAGGUAGUCUCAGAUCCCACACACCCAUCUUUCUCCUGUGUGUUCUCCAUGUACCAGAGUAUGCUAACUGACACCAAGAGCUCACUGCUUUUUAAGUGCAAAGUCCUUGAUCUUCUUGUGUUCUUUGCCAAAUUGCCAGAAAAAGAAACACAGCAACUCAAAGCUUGUUUGGACAGAAUCGUUGCAGACCACUUCCCUCUGAGGAGUUCUGAAUAUGCAGUGGGCAGCCCCAAAUAUCAAGAAUAUAUCAUGGCUCUGAGCAAAAUUUUAUCUGCACUGGAGCUAUCAGGCAGUCUGAUGUUGUUGGAGCUAUUGAUCAGCAUUAUGUGCAGGGAAAAGAAUCAUGUCUAUGAAGACAGAAUGCAAGAGUCGCUUGUGACUUUCAUCAGAAGGCUUCCUACAGGCCAUCAGAAGGCUGCUCUAGAUGUUCCCUUCAAUAUAUUUACCAAAGAAGGUUUAUUUCCCAAUGAAAUCCGUCGUUCAACAUUAAGCCGUGUGUGUGUACCACUGUUGAGAUUGUGUCACCAGUCUUCUCUUAGUGAGUUCUAUGUGGACCACAUCAAAUUCAUCACAGAUACUCUGAGUGCAAAACUGUCCAAGAGUUCAGAGAGUGAAAUAGAAAGACAGCUCACAUUAAAACUUUGCUGCUUUGAACUGGUGGAAGUCAUGUACUCCAGCUUCCCCAAAGAGGAGGUGAACAGCAAAAAUUCAAAGAUCAAUCUGAAAUAUUGUGGUGGAAAGGUUGAAACUGGGAAGGAGAUGACAACAGCAGUUACCAAGGCAGCACAUGAGGCUAAAAAGGAGGAUGUGAGAGGAGAAAAGAGGCUUCCUGAACUGAGGAGACAGUACCACUGUGCAGCUUACAAUGCUCUCAUGGCCAUUAUCACCUGCACUCAGACUGAAAUGAAGUUUUACACUGGACUUCUCUUCAAAGAGGAUCUUGCUAAGGGUGAUUUUCUUUUGGACAACAUAGUGGACCAAAACAGAAAGUACUUAUUUGAAAUAGAGAUUACGUCUUUGCCACAGCGCAAGAAGAGGUUUGUGUCAAUCAGAAGUGAAGCAGGAGCCCAGGGGGAUGGGAAUUCCCAGGAUUCCCCAGAGUCUUCUGUCCAUUACCUGGCCUCCCAGUACCUUGCUGACAGUAGUCUCAGUGAGGACGUCUCUGCUUAUGACUACUCUGGAUCAUUACAGGGGGAGAGGAGUGAGCCUGUGCCACCUAGAACAAGACAGAGGGCAGUAUCUGAGGAAGCAGCAGUGCCUGCAGAAGCAGACUAUGAAGAGAUAGAAAUGGAUGAGCUGAAUCAACAUGAAUGUAUGACUGCCAUGACUGCAUUGCUGAAACACAUGCAAAGGAACAAGAUCACACCAGAUGUGGUGUCCAGUCCUCCAGAUGUACCUCCCUGGAUGAAGUAUCUGCGUGACAAGAUGAACUCUACCACCACACACAUUAAUGUCAAACUGUUCAUUGCAAAGUUGAUUCUCAAUGCAGAAAAAGUAUUUGCACCAUAUGCAAAGUUUUGGCUGGGUCCACUGGUCCAGCUGAUAGUGAGGGAUAUGCCGGAUGAAGGCCUGAACUAUUUUGUUGUGGAUAUUAUGGUCACUGUAUUAUCCUGGUCUAGUGUGGCUGUACCACAGGACACUGCAAUUGACAGGGCUAUGGCAAGCCGGCUUGUUGAGUUUGUAGUGAGGAAUGUUAACCAUGACACCAGGCAGAUAUUCAGAAGAAACCUUGAGCUUCUGAAAACCUUGGUGGAGUGCUGGAAGGGCAGAUUUGAUAUGCCAACAAAAACCAUCUAUGACAACUUCAGUGACCGUGACCCCAAGAGCAAAACCAACACAGCAGGCGUGCAGAUGGUUGGAGUAUUUCUGGCCAAUAAACUGCCAGCUUACUCUUAUACUUCUGAGGUUGACAGGGAAAAGUUACCAAGACUGACGCCUGGGGCGGUGCCCACUAUCGGCCCGCAUAAGAGAGUGGUUCAAGUCGGGGAAGAGGCAGAGUUCAUAGGCAGAGUCAUGUUCAUAUUUCAGUGCUAG